AUGCGUACGGAGGUGAUCACGGCGGACACCAUUGAUGCCGCCACCGAAAGGAUUCUCAGUGAGCUUGGGGCAAACACUAGAAGAAGCAGCAACAGAGAGAAUGCCAUCUACUUUGAUGGCUGGGACGGGCUUGGGGCAUCUGCCGUCCUGCAAGCCGUGGCCAAACGCCUUGCAGUAUCAAGUGAGCUGUCGAUGAGGCCUGCGGGGCUGGAGUUUGACAAAAUCAUCCACAUCGAUUGCUCAAAGUGGGAGAGCAGAAGAGCAAUGCAGAGAAAAAUCGCAGAGCAGCUGAAGCUUCCUGAUUCAGUGAUGGAGAUGUUUGAUAAACAAGACGAGGAGGAUGAUUUUGAUGGGUUAGACCAGGGCUCCCGCAGUGAGAUUGAACAAGUUUUCACCGAGAUCUAUCGAAGCGUACAGAAUCACAGAUUCCUGGUGAUUCUGCACAAUGGAAGCAAUGAGGAGAUUGAUAUACUCAAUUUUGGACUUUCUCUAUAUGGAUAUGCAAAUAGCAAGAUUCUGUGGACAUUCCAAGGGAGGUUUCGUCUUGACCCCAAGAUGAGAGAGCAUGUGAAGAAGAGCACAACAACACAUGUUCUUCUUUCAGCUGCAAGAGAUGUGCGAGAUCCUUGGGAGCUUUGGUCGUAUCUAGUGUACCAUGAGGCUGCACAAGUUUCUUACAAUAAGCAUGGCUAUGGCUUUAUUGAUCCAGCGAUUGCUGCUGACUGUGUCUUGUAUAUGCUGAAACAAUCCUGGAUUGGCUCUCGCAUCAAUGACUGCGACUGGGCUAUCCACACCAGUAACUAUUGGAUAUGUGAUGGCAUCAUUGCAGUGACAAACAUUGACAACGCAUGGCAAGUUGGCGAUGAUUUGCAGGGUGAGAUGCCACUGUUUAACAUUUGCACCCAGCUCAACAAUGAUGAAUCAUCAGCAAGUGCUUCCCAUCACCUGGCAAGGUCUGCUGAGCAGACAUCGUACUGGAUUUCAACAACAACUUCAAGUUCCGGUUUUGUAGUGAGCCCCUCCAGUGUAAUUCCUGAGAAUAUGUUUCAACAUUCGCAGAGGCUUGGCCUGCUUAAGCUUUCAAGGUGUACCUUCAGUUUCUCGUCACCACCCUUCCUCUGUUGCCACAGCCUGAGAUUUCUGUGGCUUGACCAAUGCGAAGACCUCUUAGCAAGAAGCACCACAAGUCAUCACCCCACAGAUGCAAACAAGGAGGUGAAGGAGAUGGAAAAUAACACCACAACCUCGUGGGAAUGUUUCCAAAGCUUGUGGGUGCUUGACUUGCGCUACACAAAUUGUGAUCAUAUCUUGUCUGCAAGAGUGAUGGAUCUCAUGACCCAACUCAGGGUGUUGAACGUGAUGGGAGCCAAGUACUUGGACAUGAGCCAUCUACGGGGACGACUUCCUAACAUUCGCAAGCUCAGGGUUACAAAGUCCACGUGCCACUUAAGCAACAACAUGUUCUCAGAGAUGGGAAACAUAGAGCUUCUUGAUUUUUCUGGAAAUACCAUCAAACGAUCCAUCAAACGCGUGGCAAGCUUAUCUGGGCCAACAAGCAACAGUAGCCUUAAGACUGUCACUAUUGAUGGAUGUGACGGCUUACAAAUGAUCUCUUUCAGGGGCUGCAAAGAAUUGGAGAACCUGUUAUUGAAAGGAUCGUUGGACUGGCUCGAGGAGCUAGAUCUCUCAGGCACAAAAGUAAAAACUCUCGACCUUGGAGGAGUAAAAUCCACACUGCCCAAGCGGAUAAUCCUGAUGGGUUGCGAGAGGCUCCGCGCAAUAUUGUGGCCAAAGGGUGUUGUAAUAAAAGAGGAAAUAUGGCCAGAGUAUGUGCUGCGGAUUGACACUACCUCAGCAUCAUCAUCAACUGACGGAGGGGAAUCAACGCAUGCACAUCCACAGGGUGAUCAAUCCUUCCAGUGGGAGAAAGAAAAACUGUUUAAGGAUGGAUGGCAGAUUUCUUCCACGGAUGCAAGGCUCCUUAGGUCGCUUUCUCCCGUAAGAAGUUAUUUUAGAUUUGGACACUUACAUAUUGAUAUCUAUUCUCCAGCUAUUGUUGGUGGUAGCAACGUACAAGGAGCAAGCAGUGACAAACUAGUGCAAUUCCAACCACAUACAAGUACCAUAAUGGACUCCGAGUACAAAGACGUCGCGAAGGAUGGCCCAGUUGAAGAGAUGAUGAUGUGGGAGUGCCCUAGUAUAUUUUCUAUGUGGCUGCGCCGACCCAGAAAUGUUUCUGUCAUAAGGGUGAUCAUGCAUGAGCAGGGCAACAAGCUCUUGGUGGAGGAUGCUCCAAGUGCUAGUACUAGUGCUUUAUUAUUCCCUAAUUUUAUAUAUGAAGACGCUACAUCGCUGCACGUGUACGAUAACUCGUCCAUCACCAGUAUCCCAGCACCACCCAAAGGAUCAGGAUGGAAUAUCCUAAUGUGGUGCCGGAUCGAGAGGUGCCCCAAGUUACACACAGUCUUCACUAUUCCCAUGGGCAGUGGUGUGGACAGCUUUUGUUAUCUGGAGACAUUCUGGGCGUCCCAGCUCCUCUCUUCAUGCUACAUCUGGGACAGGCCAAUUAAUAAUACUGGUUCACGCCUGAGGUUCUUGCACCUGGACCACUGCCCCAGGCUCGUCCAUGUGCUCCCUCUCUGCAGACGGAACAUAUACUACGCGGGUGUAUCGCAUAGCCCAGGGAGCCUAGAAAUACUAGAGAUAGUGUACUGCAGUGACCUCAAGGAGGUAUUCCCUUUGGAUCUGGAGCUUCAUGCGCAAGAUGAAGCUAUAGCAUUCCGCAAACUGAGGUGCAUCCACCUACACGAGCUCCCCAGGCUGCAACACAUAUGUGGGCGGAGGAUGUACGCGCCAAACCUAGAGAUCAUCAAGAUCAGGGGUUGCUGGAGCCUCAGGCGUCUGCCGGCAGUCGGGCGCAACACCAAGCCGCCCAAGGUGGACUGCGAGAAGGAAUGGUGGGGCAACCUGGAGUGGGACGGGCUGGAGGAGCGCCACCACCCUUCCCUCUACGAGCCGAGCCACUCGCUGUACUACAAGGCCCAGCUGCCCAGAGAGAGCCUACUCAGGUGAGGAGGUAAUCUUUAGGUUCCUUCAACCGACAUAACUCAAGUUUUCGUGCUGUGCUUCCUGCUUGAUUGGUUUGUGGGUUCUCUUCUCUACGUCCGCAUACU